AUGAACGAUCUCCUCAGAACAUACCUACGAAGGUUCGUGCUCGUCUUUUUUGACGACAUACUCAUCUACAGUGCGACUUGGGGUGAGCAUUUACAACACGUUGAGCAGGUGUUGAGCUAUUUACAGCAACAUCACUGGGUGGCCAAUCAGAAGAAAAGUGAGUUCGGGAAGAAGACGAUCAGAUAUUUGGGGCACAUCAUAUCAAGGGAGGGGGUCCAGAUGGAUCAGGAGAAGAUAGAGGGGGUAGUCGCGUGGGAAGACCCGGAAACACUGAAGGCGUUGAGGGGAUUCUUGGGUCUCACCGGAUAUUACCGGCGAUUCAUCCGAGAUUAUGGGAAGAUAGCCAAGCCCCUUACAGAGAUGUUGAAAAAGGGGAUAUUUGCGUGGACUGAGACUGCCAGGGAAGCGAUGGGAAGAUUGAAAACAGUGGUGACCACCGCACCGGUGUUGGCGUUGCCGGACUUCUCGCAACCCUUCUAG